AGUUCUUGAGCGAGCACCGAACGCAAGCCGGGAACGCGAGUUGACCGUUAUGACUUUCUGCUUAUCGAUGUUGGCUAAUCGAAUGCUAGCCUCCCUGCAGACGUUGUAGUCUUCAGUGUUUAAUUAGAUAUAUACGGUGUUGCUUUCUGACAUAUUUGCUUAUCGUACCCAAAAUCUAGUAUUGCAAUUGCCUUUUCUAUAUGAAGUAUUUUCUGACCUUGGCUUAUUUAAAUUACCUGUUUGAGAUUUAACGAUUAACUGACGUUAAAUUCAAUAUGGUGUUCUGGCGGCGUACCUGUUAGAAUCGGUUUGUUCUAACCCGUGAUCAGGGCUACCGUCGAAAGCGCCGCAGCAAGCUGACGAGCCAGCGCCGUGUAAUCACUGGCGACUCUCUCUGAAACGACUUUGUUUUGGAGAGGUGUAGAUUGAUAUCCCCAAAACCACUGCUGCCGCCGCACAUCCGCCGAAAACUACCCCAAAUCGAAGCAAAAUGGUGCAAAAAAAGAUCACGGAAGUCACUGGAUUCCACCGCUCUUUCAAGGGCCAAAAUCCUUUUGAAUCAGACGAUUUCACCAAAAAUGGAUCCCAUCUUAUUGAUUCGUCAUUUAAUUUUGAUUCCCCCCCAAGACAUGACAUGCCCUCCAGCCAGCCUAUUGAUAUCCCCGAUGCCAAGAAGAGAAACAAGAAGAAAAAGCGUUGCAGGGCAACUGACAGUUUUUCUGGACGAUUUGAGGAUGUCUACAGACUGCAAGAAGAGGUACUAGGAGAGGGUGCUUAUGCCAGAGUCCAAACAUGCAUUAACCUCAUCACCAACAAAGAGUAUGCUGUGAAGAUCAUUGAGAAAAGACCAGGUCACAGUCGCAGCCGAGUCUUCCGUGAGGUUGAAAUGCUCUACCAGUGCCAGGGCCACAGGAACAUCUUGGAGCUGGUGGAGUUCUUUGAAGAGGAGGACAAAUUCUACCUGGUGUUUGAAAAGCUCAGAGGAGGGUCAAUCUUGGCACACAUUCACAAGAGACGGCACUUUAGUGAACAGGAAGCCAGUGUUGUCGUGCAGGACAUUGCCAGCGCUCUAGAUUUCCUGCAUAACAAGGGAAUGGCACACAGAGACCUGAAACCUGAAAAUAUUCUCUGUGAGAGUGCAGACAAGAUUUCCCCAGUCAAGAUCUGUGACUUUGACUUGGGCAGUGGGAUCAAGCUGAACAGUGACAGCUCACCCAUCUCCACCCCUGAGCUCCUCACUCCUUGUGGCUCAGCAGAGUACAUGGCACCUGAGGUGGUUGAGGCCUUCAGUGAGGAGGCUACAAUUUAUGACAAGCGCUGUGAUCUGUGGAGUCUCGGGGUUAUCCUCUACAUCAUGCUGAGUGGCUACCCUCCCUUUGUAGGCCGCUGUGGCGGUGACUGGGGCGGGGAAUUGGGGGACCCCUGCCACACCUGCCAGAACACUUUAUUUGAGAGUAUUCAGGAAGGAAAAUACGAGUUUCCAGAGAAAGACUGGGCUCACAUCUCCUCAAGUGCCAAAGACCUUAUAUCCAAACUUCUGGUUCGGGACGCUAAAAGCCGCCUGAGUGCCAGCCAGGUGCUGCAGCACCCCUGGGUGCAGGGGGGUGCAUUUGACACUUUACCAACAUCCAUCUUGCAUCAACGAACCAGCAAUGCCAGGGAUCUGACAUUCUUUGCUGACAAGGCCAUGGCUGUGAACAGGCAGCUGGCUGAACAAGAUGGCAUGGAAGAACAGCAGCAGCAGGAAGCCCCAUUUGUUGUUACCACUACUGGCUCUUCCAUGCGCCUCUCUCCUCCUUCCAAUUCCAAGCUGGCAAGGCGCAGGCAGCGGAGUAGCCAGCCUAAGGGAGGGCCUGUCUCUGCUGCAGAGCUCCGUAAGCUCUUGGCCCCUCUGGUUAUCGUGGGAGACUGUGCCUGAAUCUUGUCAAUCCUGAACUGGCCUUCCGUUAAAAUUCAAGACCAGAUCUAAGACUGCUCUGAGACUCUACCUCCCCAGUUCUGGCCCCUCCCUGACUCUAGCUGGCCUCGAUUCCUCUGCCGAUCAGGAUUUAAUGCCUCGCAAUUAAGGGAGAUGCUAUUUGCAGCCCUUCCUCUAAAUGCCUUCUGCCCUUCUGCAGCACUUCCGAAGCACAUCACCUCAGGGCCUGCAUAUAGCAAACAUAAAUAUGUGCACGUCCUGGUUGGGGAGGAGGGCAAGUUAAUGAUUUGGGAGAGAGAAGUAUUUUCCAAGUUUUUUUUUUUCUUUUUUUCCUCAUACGACUCAGUUCAGAAGAAAUCAGAAGACUUAUCUUUGAAACUAAGCUCAGACACCAAAGGACAACCUGUUGUGCUGCUCCCACGUUACAACUGGAUGCACUGUGAAUUAUCUACAAUGUUCUCUCUGCCUGUAUGUAUGUGCUUGAGUGGCCCAUCUGCAGAUAUGUACAAGCUUAUGCAAUAUGCCAAGAUGAAGGCUGUUCCUCAGAAAGGAUUCAAUAUAAGGAGUUGGAGGGGCUUUAAGCCAAUGCUGUCUAUGCCUGGUGCAGUCCAUUAUGUGGCUUGGGCCUCUUUCAGAGAUUUAAUUUCCUCCAUUUUUAGAUAAAUUCCUCACAACUGAGCCUCUUCUGUAGAAGUCUGAGCUGACGUAUGCACUCAUCCAGCUUUGGUGAUUCUGCACUUAAUGCUCCAAAAAGAAAGGAAUGUUUGCUUGUACCCAACCAGCCCUGACAUAGUAUUGCACCAUUUCAUAUCAUUUGUUAAAUAAAUAGAAGCCAACUUAA